CACCAUAUAAAUUUCUUCAUCGUGGACUGACAACACGCUUGGAUUCGAUUCCGAUUUCUUCGAAUUCUCUAAUUCGUAAACGAUUCCUUCUUUCUAAUCUUCCAAUUAGGGUCAUCGGUUGAAGAAUCAAUGGGGAAUUGUAAGAAGUAUGGCGUCCCGUUCUACGGUGCGUCGUUUGUCCCUCUCGGUGCAAAACCUAAGCAGAAAGAUGAUGAAGAUGUUGGUGAUGGAUUUGAUUAUGUUGUGUUUUCUGGUGGUGGUGGCGAAGGUCGAAGUGGAAUCCCUAAUGCUCUCCUUGUCUCCCUCUUUGAUCGUGCUUCUAAUUCGCUUGCUGAUCAACCUGUAAGCAAGUUUGGAACUGAUGACGAUCUUCCCUACAGAAUGGCUGUUCAUCCAGGUGGUGAAGGUGUAAUAUGUUCCUUGCCAAAGAGUUGCAGAUGGUUUGAAUGGGAAGCAACCAAGAACGAAAGCGCGUUGACUUUAAGUCUAAAACAGUCCGAAAAAGUCCUUUACGAAUUAGAACAUAUCGGACAGCAGUUAGCAGUUACUUUUAGCCAUGAUGGUUCUUUACUCGCCCUAGGCAGUGAGGAUGGGAAGUUGAGGGCGUUUAAAUGGCCUACCAUGGAAUCACUUGUUGAUGUACCCGAUGCUCACACCUCCGUAAAAAAUCUAGAUUUCAGCCCUGACGGGAAGUUUCUUGUUUCCGUGGGAAGUGGCGGGCCCGGUAGAGUUUGGGAUAUCGCAUCGUCAACACUUAAAGCUUCUUUACCGAAAGAAAAUGAUGAGGUUUUCGGAUUUUGUAGAUUUUCACAAAACCAUGUGAAUGAACAAGUUUUAUACGUCACUGCAAUGCGAGAUCGAGGAGGAAGUAUCGUUAAGUGGAACACCACAACAUGGAAGCGGAUUAGCUCAAAGCACAUCGUGCGGGACCCAAUUUCCGCCUUCGGUGUAUCAGACGAUGGGAAGUUUCUUGCCAUUGGUACAAUCCAAGGAGAUAUUUUUAUAUUGAAUGCUAGUAGUAUGAAGGUGCAUACGGCAGUAAAAAAAGCACAUUUGGGCCUUGUAACAGCACUAGCAUUCUCACAUGAUUCAAGAGCUUUGGCAUCUGCGUCUUUGGAUUCAAGUGCAAGGGUGACACAAAUUAAAGAAGCCAAGAAAAACGGCUUGAAUGUAUGGAUCAUACUGUUUAUCAUCUUACUUGCAGUGGCUUUGUAUUAUGCCAAAACAGAAGGUUUGCUUCUCUAAAAAAUCCAAAAAAGUUUUAAAACAAAAUUCCUCACUUUUCACCCUUGAAAUGGACUGAAAAGUUGACUCUGACUGGUUAUAUUAUGCCAUACCAUUUUACAUGGUAAUUGCAUAGAUUGUGGAUUUUAUAUUUAUAGAUGUGAUUUGAACUCUUUAUCAAGUAAUAGAAGACUAACUUGUUUUGCUUGAGUAAGUAAAA